AUGAAAUCUUAUAGACUUAAAAAAACAAAUGAAAAAAAAGAGGAUGAAAAAACUAAAGAUAUUGGUGAUAAUAUAAGCAAUUUGAUAAGUUUAAAGAUUAGAAAUGAAAAUAUACAUAUAAAAAAUAUUAUAAGAACAAUACACUAUGUUUAUACAAAUAAAUACGAUAGUGAAACAGGUUUUUCCUAUAUUAAAGACAUAUUAAAAAAUAUCAUUAAAGGUAAUGUUUACGAUAUUGAAUAUAAAAAGUACAUAAAUAAAAAUUGCAUUUAUGAAUUGUGUUCUAGAAUACUUUUAAAUAUCAUAAAAACUAAUGUUAAAGAUGAUAAUUUUAAUAAAAUAGUAGAAUUUUUAUUUGAUAUAUUAUAUUAUUGUGAUAUAAUAAUGAGUGAAAAGAAAAAAGUAAAAAGUAUUAACACAGAAAUUAAUAGUAAUCAAGAAUAUGAAUUAAUCACCAAAUUAUGGAAUAGAUUAUUGGAUAAUAUAUUUAUUAAAGAUAAGAAACAAAGAAUUAAUUUAUGUAAAGUUAUAAAAACUUUAGUUAAGAAAGCCUGUGCUUUACAAAUUGAUGUUUCUAACAAAUUGUGUAAAAAACACGCUAACAUAUUUUUAUCUCUAUUAAAUGACAAAGAUCAUAAUAUUAGAGUAUUAUGUUUAAUCAUACUAGAACCAUUUCAAGAUUUCAAUACUAAAGGAAGUUACUUGAAAUGUCUGGAUGAUUCUCAUUAUAUUGUAAGAAUAAAUGCUAUAAAAAAUAUUUCAAUAAAUGUGGAAGAUAAUAAUUUUGAUCAUUUAGUAAUUUUAAAAAACUUUUUAAUUAGAAUAAAUGAUAUUAAUCAUAAUGUAAGAAUAAGUGUAUAUGAAAAAUUGAAGAAUUAUUAUUUUUACAUUCCUUCUGAUAUGAAAUUUGAGUUAUUAUUAUGUGGAUUAAAUGAUAAAGAUAAAUUAGUACGUGAAAGUUGUUAUAGUAUGAUUAUACAUUGGAUACAACUAUUUGAUGAUAAAAUAGAAAAUUUACUAUUGCAUUUAAUAAAUAGUGACAUAGAUAAUGAUAUAAUAGUGGAACAAAUAUGUAAAAUUCAUUUAAAUAAUGUAAGAAAAGGUAAUAUAAAAAGUAGUACUAUAGAGGUUGAUGAAGAUAGAAAAGUUUUUGAAAAUAAUAAUAAUUCUGAAGAAAAAAACUCUACUUACAAUAAUUAUGAUUGUUCUUAUAAUGAAUCAUGGUUUAAUUAUUGCAUAAAUAAUCUAUUUUCACUAAAUACAGCAGAAUUAUAUAUUCUACGAGUAUACGUUCAACAUUUCUCUGAUGAGCAAGAGAAAGAAAAAAUUGAUGCUCUAAAAGUAAUUAAUACCAUAUAUUAUUAUCUGUAUUUGAGUAAAUUUAAUGAAAAAUUAUAUUAUAAUAGAAAAAAUUAUAUUAACUGUAUUGAAAAUAAUGAAAGUGAUCAAGCGGAUAGUCAAAAUUUGUUUUGUUCUUGUGGAAAAAAUAAGAUAGAUAUAAAAGUAUUAGAAGAAAAUAGAAAAAAAAAGUUUAUAGAUACUUCAAUUUUUGAUGAUACAUACUGUGAUAAAUGUCUAUAUUAUACAACAGCUAAAAAGAGUGAAUCACAUAACAAUAGUAAUGAUAAAAAUGAAACAGGAGACAAUAAUGCAGAUUCUAAUAUUCAAGAAAAUGUACUAAUAAAUGAAGAUAAUAUAAAUGAAAAUUAUAAUUACAUUUGUAAUAUAAAAAAUUUAUUACUCAUAUGUAAAUAUUUAGAUAUAAUAGAAAUAUAUCAAGUAGAAAAAAUUUUAAAAUGUUGUGAAACAAUUUUAUUAACAGGACCGUUAAGAGAAGUUAUUAUAAAAUGUAUGUUAAAUAAUACAGGGGUAAAUUACUAUAAAUUGCAAAAAGGACAUAUUACAUGCGCAUAUUGGUUAAGUAAUAGUUAUAUAUAUGCAUGUUUAGAAUUAUUAAGACAAAUGAUUUAUAUAAAAAACAAAAAUAGUGAUAUAAAUGAUAUAGAAAUAAAUUUAACCAAUCAAAUAUUAAGUAUAAUAUCUGAAAUUAAGGAGCCUUUUGAUGAUACAGAAAAUGAUAAUCCAUUUUUAGACAAUAAUAUUAAUUUAAUGGAGGAUGAAAAAAAAUUAAGUAAAAAUAUAGGUAAAAAUGAAAAAAUUGAAAAAAAUCCUUUAACACUCUUAUUUAAUAAUAUAAUGAAUGUAGAAAAUGACACUAUCUUUGAUAUAAUAAGAAAAAAAAAUUUAAAUACUUUAUCUAUUGAGCAUUUAUUAAUAUUAUGUAAAAAAAUGCAACAUAAAUUAGAUGUAACUGAAGCAAAAAUCAAAGAUUUAACAGAAAUGGAGAAAGAAAAGGAAAAUGAAAAAAAUGAAAAAAAUGAAAAAAAUGAAACAUUAAAUAAUGUAAUGUUAGAAAAAGACAAAAUUAAUAAACAGAUGAAUGAAACAAAUGAUAUUAAUGCAUUCCAUGAACAAAUUAGGAUGCAUACACAAAUUUUUUUAAAACAAAUAACUAUGUUAAGCUUAUUAAGAUUAGAAUUAAAAAGAAGAUGGUUAAGGAUUUUAUUUAUAUUAGAGUGUUUUUUAUGUAAAAGCAAAUCACAUUGUUCUUUUGAUUCAGCUCUUCGUGAAUUUCCAAAUGAGUUAUUAUUACCUGCUUUAAAUUUUUGUUGUUCUAUUAUGCCAGAUUGGGAUGAUAAAGAAAUAGAAGAUCAAUUUUACGACAUUAUUGUUUCUAAAUGUUUAGGAAAUUGGUGUAUGUUUAUAAGUAAUGAUGAAGAAUUAAAAAAGCAAAUAUAUGCUUAUAAAACAGCUAUUGCAGAUACGUGUGAUGUUUUAAAUAAUUGCUUAUUGAAUAUUGAAAAAAUUCACUCUAAUAUUUAUCCGAAUAUAUAUAAUAAAGCUAAUAUUGAUAUAAUGACUCAUACAGAAAAAGUAUUUAAUAAAAAUACAACAUGUGAGGAAGAAAAUAAAAAAGUAGAUAAUGAUGAAGAUAUAAAUAAUAAUUAUAUAUUUUAUGAAUAUAAUACUCCAAAUGAACAUUUAUUAAAUUACUUCUCCUCUAAUCAAGAUGCAUGGUAUGAAUAUAAAGAAUUAUUAGAAAAGUUAGAAAUAAAUUCUUUAAGAUGUGAAAUAUAUAUAUGUGUAUUGGGAGAUUUAUUAAUGACUCAUCCAAAUUUAAAUAAUGAUGAAUUAAUUAUAGAUGCUGUAGAAAACUUAUGGAGUUAUUUAAAUGGAACUAUAAAUACAAGUAAAUAUAUUCAAUCUAUUUGCUUAAGAGUUUGUUGUAAAUUGUUGCUAACAGAAUAUUUAGGAAAUCAUAUUUAUAAAUUAUCUAAUGAUGAAUUAUUCAGUUUAAUGAAAGCGUCGUCUUCUAAACUAAGAGCACUAUUUGAAAUGUGUUUCCUAAUGUCUCCAUCUACUUAUAGCUGUAUUCAAGACUACAAAAAAAUUAGCACUUUUAAUAUUACUAAUAUUAACUCACAUGAUAAGAUAUUUUUAUUUUCUAUUUUUUCUAUGUAUCCAUCAAUGAGUGAAACUAAUUUAUUAAUUUUUCAUUAUACUUUUGAAGAAGUUAUUUUAAAAACAUGUGAAGGAGUUUUAAAAUAUAAACUAAAAACCAUCAAUUUUACAAAUAUACUCACAUUUAUGAUUUUCACUUUAUUACAUAAAGCCAAUAUCAACUUUUUAGUAGCAAAUUUUGCAAAAUAUAUAAAGUGGAUUCUUCUUAUUAUCAUAGAAAAAGGAAUAGCGUUAACUAAUAGAUCUAACAUAAUAGAAUUGAUAUAUAAAGUGAUUCAAAUAUACCUCUUUCAUGAUCUUAGUGAUAUUAAUAGUUUAGAAAAGAAGAGGAAUUAUGAGACAAGAGAAGUUAAAAAGAGAGGAAGAAAAAGAAAAGUUAAUCCAUUAGAAGAAAAAGUUGAAAAAAAAGAAAUAGAAAAGGAUAUUGAAAAGGAAUUUGAAAAGGAAAUGGAAAAAGAGAUGGAAAAAGAAAUAGAUAAAGAAAAAGGUGAAAAGGAAAAUGAAAAUGAUCUAGAAAAAGAGAAAAAAAAUUAUACUAUAUGUUUUAAAAGUGUUCAAACCAAUGUAAACACUACUAUUAAAGAUUUAAAAAUUCUUUUUGUGUUAGUUAAUUUUUGUAUGCAUUCUUCUGAUAUCAUUAGAGCAAAAAAUGAACUGAAGUAUUGUGAAAUUAUGAAGGAACAAAUAGAAAAAAAAAUAGAGGAAAUAAAAAAUUAUUUUGUUAAGAAAAAUUUUAUUGUAACUGAAAAUAAUGAUGAAAAAAGGGAAAAUGAAGAAAAUAAGAAUAAUGAUAAUUUAUUAGAUUUAAAACAAAUUGAUUCAUUAACAGAAGAUUCAAUUUAUCAAGAAAUUAUUGAAGAUUAUGCAAAUUAUAUAGGAAAAUUAAGUUCAAGAGAUUUUUCAUAUCCAAUAAUACCAAGAGAUUUAGAUAAUGCUAAUGAAGGUGAAAUGUCAAAACAAGAAAUAUUGGAUCAGAUUAAUAAUUCAUGCACAUAUGAUGAACCCGAAAAUGAUAAUUCUCAGAAGAUUAUUAGAAAGAGAGGAAGAAAAAAAAAGAACGUUAAUAUAGAAAAUGAAUCGUUUAAUGAUUUUAAUGAGAAAGAUAAAGAAUUACAAAUAAUGAAUGAAAAAAAAAUUAAUAAAUAUAGUGAAAAUAAUAUGACCAUUAAUGAAAAUAACUCACUUAAAAGUAAUAUGGAAAAUAUAAUACAAAAUAAAAAAAAACAAUUAACAUAUGAAAAUGAAAAUAAAGAAAAUAAAAAAGAUACAGAAAAAAAAAGUGACAAUUUUCAUAACACAAUUAAUACCAAAAGCAAUAUUAAAAAUAAGUUUACUGAACUAAAUUUAAGUUCAAGUGAAGAAACACAAAAUAGAGAUUGUAAUUCUAGCUUAAAUGAUUAUGAAAGUAUGAAAAAUUAUACUGAUUUAAAUGAUGAAAGUAGCAGUUAUAGUAGUUUUAAUAGCAAUGAUUCGACUGCAAUUGCAUUUAAAAGAUUAAAUAAGUUAAAAAGAACUAGCUAUUCAAGUGUUGUUUCUAAAUUUUAA